GCCUGUCAAUGAAGCGUGUGCGGGGAUUGGCGGCGGCACUAAGGACAGCACGCUUAGCUGUAGGCGUUGUAGCGGCGGCGCUGCUUGGGCUCCGCAUUCUGGCUCCAUCUCCAGAAGGUUCUGCCGGUUGUCCUAGCUCCCAGUUCCCGGCUCUGCGCCGCCAUGAUGGGCCAUCGCCCCGUGCUCGUGCUCAGUCAGAGUACAAAACGGGAAUCUGGAAGGAAAGUGCAAUCAGGGAACAUCAGUGCUGCCAAGACUAUUGCAGAUGUCAUCCGAACAUGUCUGGGACCUAAGUCCAUGAUGAAGAUGCUUUUGGACCCAAUGGGUGGCAUUGUGAUGACCAAUGAUGGCAACGCCAUUCUCCGAGAGAUUCAAGUCCAACAUCCAGCAGCUAAGUCAAUGAUUGAAAUCAGUCGGACCCAGGAUGAAGAAGUUGGGGAUGGGACUACAUCAGUGAUUAUUCUUGCUGGAGAGAUGCUGUCAGUGGCUGAGCAUUUCCUAGAGCAACAGAUGCACCCAACAGUAGUGAUUAGUGCCUACCGAAAGGCAUUGGAUGAUAUGAUCAGCACACUUAAGAAAAUCAGUACCCCUGUUGAUAUCAACAACCGUGAUACAAUGAUGAAUAUCAUUGACAGUGCCAUUCGCACUAAGGUGAUUAGCCGCUGGUCCUCCCUGGCUUGCACCAUAGCCCUGGAUGCUGUAAAGAUGGUGCAAUUUGAGGAGAAUGGCCGAAAAGAGAUCGACAUUAAGAAGUUUGCUAAAGUGGAAAAGAUUCCUGGAGGCAUCAUUGAGGAUUCCUGUGUCUUACGUGGAGUCAUGAUCAAUAAGGAUGUGACCCAUCCACGAAUGCGGCGCUACAUUAAGAAUCCUCGAAUUGUGUUGCUGGAUUCCUCCUUGGAAUAUAAAAAAGGAGAGAGCCAGACAGAUAUUGAGAUAACUCGAGAGGAAGACUUCACCCGGAUCCUGCAAAUGGAAGAAGAAUAUAUUCAACAGCUUUGUGAGGAUAUUAUUCACCUCAAGCCUGAUGUGGUCAUCACAGAAAAGGGCAUCUCAGAUUUAGCUCAGCACUACCUCAUGCGGGCCAACAUCACAGCUAUCCGAAGAGUCCGGAAGACAGACAACAACCGAAUUGCCAGGGCCUGUGGGGCCCGGAUUGGCAGCCGACCAGAAGAACUUAGAGAAGAUGAUGUUGGGACUGGUGCUGGCUUAUUUGAAAUCAAGAAGAUUGGAGAUGAAUACUUUACUUUCAUCACAGAAUGCAAAGAUCCUAAGGCCUGCACCAUUGUCCUCCGGGGGGCCAGCAAGGAGAUCCUAUCGGAAGUGGAACGGAACCUCCAGGAUGCCAUGCAGGUCUGCCGGAAUGUUUUUCUCGAACCUCUGCUGGUCCCAGGAGGUGGGGCCUCUGAGAUGGCCCUUGCUCAUGCAUUGACAGAAAAAUCCAAAGCUAUGACUGGCAUUGAGCAGUGGCCAUACCGGGCUGUAGCCCAGGCCUUAGAGGUCAUUCCUCGUACCCUUAUCCAGAACUGUGGGGCCAGUACCAUUCGUCUACUCACUUCCCUUCGGGCCAAGCACACUCAGGAGAACUGUGAGACCUGGGGUGUGGAUGGUGAGACGGGAGUCUUGGUGGACAUGAAGGAGCUGGGGAUCUGGGAACCACUUGCUGUGAAGCUUCAGAUAUACAAGACUGCAGUAGAGACGGCUGUCCUGCUGCUUCGGAUUGAUGACAUUGUCUCAGGCCACAAAAAGAAGGGUGAUGAUCAGAAUCAGUCAGUUGGUAACCCUGAUGGUGGGCAGGAGUGAGGAAGCAUCACAAGAGACAGCCCACAGGGCCAGCAGGUUUUCCAUCCCUUCCCUGAGCCAGGCUGCCAGGGCAAACAUGGAUGUCUUCGGUGGAGAUUAGGUUGAGAGGCCUCUCUCAGCCUCUGUCUGCCCCAGCUCAGUUUGCAAAAGGCACUGACAUGUAAUUCCUAUUGUAAGCUUUCCAUUUAAGUUUGCUUCCGAUGAUUAAAAUCUCAGUCAUUUGAGACUCCA